AGCGAAGGGACAGCUGCAGGCAGCGGGGCGCCCCCGGGGGCUGCCGGAGGUGACAGCGCCGCUGCCUGGCAGGGGAGGGUGGGCGGGAACCGUCCGGGGUGUGGGGGUGCGUCCCGCAAGCCCUCGGGUCACAGUCCGUGACUUCAGGGCACCGCCACCGAGCCCGGCCGGGCGCUGCCGCCCCAGCCACUGAUGGCCGGGGUAAGGCAGCCGCCGGCGAUGCUGUGCUGCAUGCCCGGCGUGGCUUUCGUCCCCGCUUUGCUGGUCAGCUGGUCCUCGGCCGCCUUCAUCAUCUCCUAUGUGAUCGCCGUGCUGGCCGGCCACGUCGAGCCCCUCGUCCCCUACAUCAGUGACACUGGAACUAAACCCCCAGAGAGUGGUAUCUUUGGUUUUAUGAUUAAUAUUUCAGCACUUUUAGCGGUAAUUACAAUGUACAUCAGAUAUUUAUUAAUAGAGAAGCAAAAUGAGUCAUCGCACUUUGUUAGGUCUUCGUGCAACGUGUUUUCAUUAUGUAUUGGAUUCAUGGGCUGUAUUGGAAUGGGCAUAGUUGCAACUUUUCAGGAGCUGGCUGUUCCCAGUGUCCAUGACAUAGGAGCUUUGGUGGCAUUUGGCUCGGGUGUUGUAUACAUUACACUUCAGUCUAUAAUCUCUUACAAGUCCUGUCCACAAUGGAACACUUACUUUGUGUGUCACAUAAGGAUGGCCAUAUCUGUAAUAUCAUGCAUUGCUUUCAUUCCCAUGAUUGUAUUUGCUUCACAGAUUUCCAUGACGAAAAUUGAUUGGACUCCAGAUGAAAAGGAUUAUACUUACCAUUUUUUGAGUGCGAUCUGUGAAUGGACAGUGGCCUUUGGUUUUAUCUUCUUCUUUUUAACGUUCAUUAGAGAUUUUCAGGGAUACAAAAUGCCGAAAAUACCAAUGUGCGAGGUUUAACUUUGGCAAAAGAACUUGUAAAAAAAACGUAAAAAAACCCAUUGCUCAUGGCAAGCGCCUGGUGGAGAUUUGAGGACAAAACCUCCUGGAUAUUACUGUAGGUGUUAGGAGGAUCAUGGCCUCCUUAUCCUUCUCAGACUUCUGGACAUUUGUUUUACACAUAAAGUAGUUGUAUCUUUGCAGGACUGAAGUAGAGAGCUUAAAGAGGUAGAAAAGACUGAGAACUGCUGCUUCAUACCAUAAUUACAAAGAUGAACUAACUCAGGUGUAAUAACUGUAGAUGUCAUACCCCAUACGUAUGUCUUUCUUAUAUACCAUUGCCUCAUACAAGUCCCAGAAAGUCAAAAACUAGAUCCAAGCACUUGCAUAACUGUAGAACUAAUAAUCGAGAACACAUAUGUGAGCCAAUUGGUGCUGUGAUAAAUUGCUGGAAACCAUAUCCAGAAUUCGUGCAUGUGGGGAGGGAGGAAAAAUAGCAAGAACCCUCCAAGCCCUCUGGCAUAAAACCAAAGUUUGACAUCAGAUCAAGUAAAACUUUGUAAAUAAUUUAUUUGCUUCUUCACUUACGUGCUUGCUCGGCAUGGAAGUGGUUAAUACUUACAUAUAAUCUGUAUAUAACUUUCAUAAGCAUAUACAGAAAUCAGUUGUUAACUAAGAAUUCAGAGUUAACAUAUAUUUUGCUGACCGAUAGCAAACAUUUCUACACCCGUUUACUUUUGACUGAUAGUACUGAAUAGACCAUGGCUGUAGGACUUUUCCUUAUUUAAAAAAAAAAAAAAAACAACAACAAACAAACAAACAACAACCAAAAAACCCCAAAGGCUAGGUUCUCCAGAAUAAAAUGCUUUAAAAAAAAUAAGUAAUUGUUCAAAAUUUCACAAUGCAUUAUAUUAAAGGCAUAUGAUUGCCUUCUAAAACUGACAUAUUGUAGUACGAUUCAGAAAUGUAUGCAUCAUUAAAUUUACCAUUUUUGGGAGGAGGUAUUUAUUGCCAGUCCAUCACCCCCUGAUGUCUACAUAUAUGAUGAUAUCUAUUUUGUCAAAAGUCAAACUGUUCCCUUGGAGAUACACAUUUGCAGACAAUGCUGUAGUCCUUAGAGAAGUUAAAUGGGUUGAUAAGUCUGCUUCAGAACACAGAUUCCAAAGUGUUCAACAUUGAAAGAAUAACUAUGUAUAAAUAUUGUGAACAUAAUAAAUAAGAGAAAGUGAUGGAAUUAAACUAAAUAGAAAUACAGACAUUUUAAUUUGCAGGCUAUAAAAUAAUGUGAAAUCCAGUGUUAGUGUUUGACAAUGACUAAGAUUUGUUUAGAUUCUAUCUUCCUUUUAUCCUAACCAGUGCUCACAGAAAACCAAACUAUUAAUUCAGAAAAACUGACUGCCAAACUCUAAGAAAGAUAAGCCUUUUUUUCUAUUUCUCGCAGUAUGUAUUUCAUUUAAAUAUUUUUUUUGUUUUGUCUCCUUGUACUUUAUAUUGCAGAACUGUAAAAUUAGUUUAUCUUAAGCUGAUCUUGCUU